AUGUCUGGUUUCUUUAGCACGCUCUUUGGUUGGGAUGGAAACAAUGGCACAGAGGAUGCCUUUAAAAACUCAGGAGGAGGACAAGACUUCAAGGAAGGGGAGUUCAACACUGGUGUACGAGUUGCCAAGGGGAGAAGUGCACCUUCCGGUGGUAACAAUGGCACUAAAAGUGCUUUCAACAACUCAGGUUCAGGAAAACAGGAUUUUGGAAAAGCCAAGUUUAACACUGGUGCUAGGUGUGUAUCUAUGAUCAUAUAUGGUAAUAGUAUCAUGAUACUGGAGCUAGAGCCCUCUCUAGUUUGUACUGUAAUACCAUGA